AUCUCUGUUUGUUCGAGUGUUCUCCAUCCAGUCGAAAGAAAACGUCUCCUCCACUGCACGUCACUAGUCGCAUUUUUACUUCAUCCAAAGUUGAGUGCCUUUGCGCCGCUUGUUCCUUCAUGCAUUGCACGUCCAACCACGUCGGUCUCCUUCAUCAUCAUUUGUUCACCGAUUCUGUCAAAACUUCCAGCUACCGUCAGUCGUCGAAUUUUAGUGACUUUGUGAUUGUUGGGGUUUUGUUGAACUUUUUCUAAAUUAUACGAUGAAGUUAAGAAAAUGUUUUGAUUUGCAUUUGUGUUGGAUGUGAGUAAGAAAAAAAAAUGUUAAAGAUUUUGAGGGGAAAAUACACCAAAAGAAAAAAAGAAUGUUUAAAUUUGAUAGAAUAACCUAUAUUUAAUAAACGUGUUUAGUAAGGUUUAAGUAAAGGGUGAAUUUUGUUAUAAAUGCAAAAACAUUUAAGUAAAGGGAAAAGAAAGCAUUGGAGAGUUGAAUAUGAGUAAGAAAAUAAAAAAAAAGGAAAAAAAGAGAGAGUGUGGUUAUUAGUUUAAAAAGUUUUCCAUAAAUAUAAGUGAUUAGAAGUGGAGUUGUAAGGUAAUGGGAUUUAAGUGAACCAAAUAAUUUCCAUAUCUGAAAUUACCCAACGGUCUCAUUCUCAAGAUUUAUUUUCCAUAAAUUGAACUCUCUUCUUACCUAUAAAUCAAACUUUCUACUUCACCUCCACACAAUCAAAAACCAAUUCUUCAAUUAACAAUGUCUUUUGCUAUUUCUAAUCCCAUUCAGUACCGUCUCUACGCCUCCGGCACCGGAGGCAAUGGAGUAUUACAAGUUAAUAUAAGCUUUAUCCAACAAAUCAUCUCUGUUUCUCCCCUCACCGGACGUCCCCAUGAAGUCCUCCAUCAAACUCCAAGGAUUCCGUACCACAAUGCUCUCUUUUAUCUCUCCUUACGCCAACUCCAAAGUCCGUUGUUCUACAUCACUCAAAUUCUCUCCUCACUCAACAUCCGCCCUGCCGCUUCCCAAAACAUGGCUCGUCGUAUCGCUUCCCACAUCCUACAAAUGCCUGACAGAAACAGCGAGACGAAUUUCCAUAUCCUCGCUGAAGUGGAUUUCAUUCGACUGAUUUGGCUGCCAUCAAUGGGUGGAGGCGGUGCAGGGGCGGAGGAAACAGUUGUGUUGGAUGAAGCUCCGCCGGCAGUGAAGAGGGGAGUGGGGGUGGCGAGGGGAGAGAGGUUGAGAUCGGAAGAAAAGAUGGAGGAAUUGGGAGAUUGCAGCAUCUGUUUGGAUGAAUUGAGUUGUGAAAAGAGGGAGGUGAUGAGGAUUCCUUGUGGCCAUGUUUACCAUGAAUCGUGCAUCUUCAAGUGGCUUGAGAAUCACAAUUCUUGUCCUUUGUGUAGAAAGCCAUUGCACCACGACGACGAGGACGACGAGGAGUACUCAUGGUGAUAAUUCAUCCAUUCUUUUUUGUGAAGUUUUUCGUAAUUGGGAUUCUAAUUCUAUCAACUACUCUUUCUUCCCAAAGGGAAGAAAAGAAAAUUCUUCAAUCCUCUGUAUUUUUUUACUACAUCUGGUAGUAAUGAUCACAACUUUAGCAAUGUUAAUAGUAAUACUAUGCACAGAUUCAAAUCUUGUUAUAUUCUCAUCACUACUUUUUUUUUUCUUCUAAUCCUAAUAUCUGUUUUUUAGUUUAUAACAUUUGAUCUGUUGCUCCCUACUUAACAGUCUAACCAAAUAUAAAAUUCAACA